GAAGCCUCCUGUUUUUCUUGUUGUUCGGUCGCCCGAAAAAGUGACGCCGGUCCGCGAGAGUGUUUUGUUUAGGUGAAAAAGCACACAUUUUCCGGUGAAAAAGUGAAAAUUCUCCGUUAAAACCCCGAAAUCCGCACUGCCCCAGCAUGAGCGCCGGUGGAAUGUUGUACGGGGGUGACGAAAUCGGCGCCCUGGUGUUCGAUCCCGGUCAUCAUUCGUUGCGCGUCGGCUACGCCCAAGAAGACACCCCGAAGGCGGAGAUCCCUUCGGUGGUCGGAGUUGGACCGGCCGAUGCUGCGCUCAAUUCGGACUUGGAGACCAAAGUGGACAACAAUGUCUCAAGUGCCAACAAAUACUACGUCGAUACGACCUUCGUCAGUGUGGCCCGGCCCAAUAUGGAAAUCCAGACCUACAUGAAGGACGGCAUGGUGGACAAUUGGGAUCUGUUUGAAAAGGUGCUGGAUUAUACCUAUGCGAAGGUGAUCCAGUCGGAAUCGAUGUAUCAUCCGGUGCUGUUUUCGGAAGCGGCGUGGAACGUGCGGAACAACCGGGAACGGUUGACGGAGCUGAUGUUUGAGAAGUACAGCGUUCCGGCGUUCUUCCUGGUUAAGAAUGCUGUGUUGGCGGCAUUUGCGAACGGACGGGCCACCGCUCUGGUGGUGGACAGUGGUGCCACGCAUACCUCGGCCGUUCCGGUUCAUGAAGGCUACGUUCUCAGCCAAGCCGUGGUGAAGUCCCCUCUGGGGGGCGAUUACCUUUCGCUGCAGUGCCGUCAGUAUCUCGAGGGCCAAAAUAUCGAUUUGACGCCAGCGUACGGUAUCGCCGCCAAGGACGUCAUCAAGGAGCGGGACAAUGCCCGCUUCACGCCCCGUCAACUGCCGGACAAAUUGACCUCUUCCUGGCAGCAGUACAUGCUAAAAGGCCUGCUUCAGGACUUCCAGAUGUCGGUGGUGCAGGUUCUGGAAACGCCAUAUGACGAACGUACCGCGGCACAGAUUCCAGCUGUUCACUACGAGUUCCCCAAUGGGUACCAUCAGGACUUCGGCCCAGAGCGAUUCAAACUGGCUGAGAGUCUGUUCGACCACACCAUGUUGGGAGCUGGUCAGUUGGCUUCCACCAGCGUGGGAAUGUGCGAUGCUGACGUGCGUUUGUCUUUGUAUGGAUCUGUAGUCGUAACCGGAGGUAACACCCUUCUGCCAGGGUUCCCGGAACGGUUGAACCGGGACUUGCAGCACCGGGCACCGUCCAACACUCGGCUGAAAAUGAUCUCCGCCAACGGAUCCGUGGAACGGCGGUUCGGUGCCUGGAUCGGUGGAUCGAUUCUGGCCAGCAUCGGAACAUUCCAGCAGAUGUGGAUUUCCUCACAGGAGUACGAAGAGUCCGGCAAAAGCCAGGUGGAACGGAAGUGUCCUUGAACGGGGACGAUGACUAUGACGGAUGGCGACGACAACAAAUUA